AUGCCAAUGGUAACUAACAGAACAGCAUUGUCAACAAUUGGGGAUGGUCAAUUGAACUCAAACCGGUCCUUAAACUCUUCAACGCCAUUAGCCAAUAAACAAACAACAACUUACAUUCGUCAAACCACUGACGACUUCAAGUCGAUGUUUAGUCUCACACCAAGUAAACAUAAAAGAAAAAGAUUUCCUGAUAUGGUCACCAAGUCAUUUUCAAUUGAAAAAUCGGGCACAUACUAUAACAGCAAGAGAUCACCAGCAAUGGCCAAAUCAAUCAGUUUCGCAGAGUACAAUACAACAUCUGAUACUUCUCCUACUUUGCGUUUGAAAUCAUCAACCUCAGCAUUCAAGAACGAUAAAGCUGGUUUGGCCGCUACGAAAUUGAAGUUGAGAUUACAAUUUGCUCUUUAUAAAGUACAACAAAACAAACCAAUUUCAACGAGCACCACCGCCGGCACCAACACUAUCACUGCCACCACCACUACUGAUACAGUACCCAAGAACAAUGACAAACUUGCUCAACUUAACUUCUUGAACCCAAUUUUGAGUCCUUCGGCUUCCAAAAAGGGAACACCAACUGCAUCACCAAAUUACGAAAUACAUACAGCCAAGGCCAUGUCAUCAUUACUCACCCCACCAGAACCUAAAACUUACUACACCAAAUCAAUUAAUGUUAAUUUGCAAUCAGGAACAAGAGUUCCCUCUUUAUCGACAACAACAUCAUUGUCAAAUGUUGCUCAAAGCAAAACCAAAAAGAGAGAUCAAAAAUUAAAACUAUUUCAAAUAAAGAAAAACAGCAUUCAUUAUUCAAGUACUCAAAAGAAACUACCAUUGAUUCGUGAAAAACAAGUCAGCAGCACUACCACCAAUAAUAACGCAGCAGCACAUUCCGCACCAAGCUUCAAUAUAUUUUGUCCUUCCAUUAGCAUAUACGGUUCAACGAACUCGUCAUUCAAUGCCCAUUCUCAAGCUACCCAUGACCAUGCUCCUGUCGCCCUUACUUCGACUUUAAACACAGCAUUACCAGCAAUAACCCUAAAUCACAAAACACAAACACAAUUGCCACCAAUCAACAAGAUUUUGAAAACACCAAUCAAACGCGCUAAUCUUUCGCGUUCAUUGAGGUUCCAACAAUCAUUCAAUAAUGCAGCACCUUCAGUCGUUCCCACCACUGCUUCUGCUUCAAGAAUGCCUACUACUGUAGACGACACUAUAGAUGAAGAUAACGAUAUGACAAUGUUGCAGAAUUCUACACUUCACAACAAUACUACAAUUGAUCAACAAGAGUCUAUCGACGAAACCAGAAUCGCUGAUGACGAUGACAAUGAUGAUGAUGAUAACGACGAGGAUGAUGGAGAAGAAAGGGAGAAAAAGACAGUUUUAACGUCGUCGCCUUUCCAUAAUAACACUUUGGGUACACCAAACAGUUUCAGCGUGGCCAAAUCAUUAUUACAAUUGGGUGGCCACAGAAUGUAA